AUGCCGAACGAACGAAAAGGCGCCAAUGACAACUGUACCAGAAUAGCUUGGGAGUCCAAAUCACUUAGCGUCAAAAAGCAACCUUCGGUUCCCUGUCCCUCUGUCCCAAGCAGCUCGUCCAUUGCGGGGGAAGAAUCCCAGCUGGAUUUUGCUAAAUACAAAGACGACAACCUGUUGAUAUGGCGUGCGCCGGAGCAAGCGUUCUCACAGUCGCCCUCAUCCAUUGAUGGGAGAUUCAAGCUUGUCGCCAAGCCUGACGUCGACUACGUCAACGAACUUUGCUGCGUCACUCGAGGUGACGUUGCCUGCGCUGGUGUAAGCCAUCAUCCACCUAAAUUAUCACGGUCUAAGACUGUAGAUCUGAUCGUUUCUCAAGAGCUUGUUGCGUAG